GGAUAACCCGUUAAACCCCCCCUGAUGCCGCUCGCCGCCGCCGCCGGCGUCGCCUCGGCGGUCGCGCCACCGCGGCGGCCGCAGCUUCCGCCUCCCCGGACAGCGCGGCCGCUGCGCUGCUUUACCCAGCCAAUGCUAGUAAGGGGCCGGGUAGUAGCCCUAACGGUGGCCCGCUGCGCUCCCUCCCCUUCGCCUCCCCCGGUGGCGGAGGCGGAGGCGCAGCCGGCGAAGCCGCCGCCGCGGCGGUACCCGAGGCAGUACCCCGGCGAGGCGGUGGGCGUCGCCGAGGAGAUGCGGUUCGUGGCCAUGCGCCUACGGAACCCCAAGCGGACCACCCUCGAGGACGAACCGGGGACGGGGGCCGAGGAGGUGGAGGAGGAGGAGGUGGGCGAUGGUGUGGGUGAGAGUGCGUCGGCGUCGGAGGAGGAGGAGGACGAGGACUACGAUGGCGACGCCGUGAUUGAGGAGGAGGAGGAGGAGGAGGAGGGAGCGGGGUUGGAGGGCGAGUGGAUGCCGAGCAUGGAGGGGUUCGUCAAGUACCUGGUGGACAGCAAGCUCGUGUUCGACACCGUCGAGCGGAUCGUGGCCGAGUCCACCGACGUCGCCUAUGUUCACUUCAGGAAAAGUGGUCUGGAACGUUCAGCUAGAAUUGCAAAAGAUUUGGAGUGGUUCAGAGAACAAGGAAUUGCAAUUCCAGAGCCAAGUACUCCUGGAUCAACAUAUGCGACUUAUCUGACUGAACUUGCUGAGAGCAAUCCCCCAGCUUUCCUUUCCCACUAUUACAAUAUUUAUUUUGCACAUACAACUGGAGGGGUGGCGGUAGGUAACAAGAUCUGCAAGAAAAUUUUUGAAGGAAGGGAACUAGAGUUCUACAAAUGGGAUACUGAUGUAGAACUUUUACUAAAAGAUGCCAGAGAGAGGCUUAAUGAACUUAGCAAGCACUGGUCUCGGAAGGACAGGAACUUGUGCUUGAAGGAAGCUGCAAAAUGUUUCCAGUAUUUGGGACGGAUUGUUCGCUUAAUCAUCUUAUAGUUCAUCAUAGAUGAACUUAUACUCAACCUACAAUCUUCAUACAAUCUACUACUAUUCCGGAAGACAGGAAAGCUAGAGAUCAUUAAACUCGAGGCUUAGUGCAGUCAUUUUUGUUGAAGACAAUGCGUAUAUUAUGUAAGAUCAUAAGCAUGAUUAAUAUUUUCUGAUGAACAAUUGGCUUGCGAUUUGGUUUAUAAAUUGAAUUUGGUUU